AUGGGAGAGUCUGCUUCAGCCGAUCACGAAGCAGCAAAACUAUAUCCAGACCGUCUAAUGAGGAUAAUUGAAGACGGUUGUUGUCUCCCACAACAAGUAUUCAAUGCUGAUGAGACUGGUCUCUUUUGGAAAAAAAUGCCUUCAAGAACAUUCAUAUCAAAAAAUGAAAGAAGCGCCCCUGGCUUUAAGAUGGCUAAAGAUCGUCUUACUCUGCUGCUUUGUUCAAAUGCAUCUGGAGAUUUUAUUACAAAACCGUUAUUGGUUUAUAAAUCAUUAAAUCCUAGAGCAUUAAAAAAUAAAGAUAAACGAAAAUUACCUGUAUUUUGGAGGUCGAAUAGUCGUGCUUGGGUCACUGGAGACAUUUUUGUAGAUUGGUUACAAAAUUGUUUUAUACCAGAAGUAGAGAAUUAUUUAAAAAGGAACAAUAUUUCAUUUAAAGUUUUGUUGUUGAUAGAUAAUGCUCCCGGUCACCCUGCUAACCGACUACAAAGCUUAAAUGAAAAUGUCAAGAUUGAGUUUUUGCCUCCUAAUACAACCUCCCUUAUUCAGCCUUUAGAUCAAGGUAUUAUAGCUGCAUUUAAAGCAUAUUAUACCAGAAUAACUUUUAAGAAGUUAUUAGAUAGUUUGGAAAGUGACUCGAAGCUAACUUUAACACAAUGUUGGAAAAAUUACAACAUUGGUAAUUGCAUAGACAACAUCGAAGAGUCCCGUCGUGAAUUGAAAAAAUCUACAUUGAAUGGUUGCUGGAGAAAAAUCUGGCCAACUGUUGUCACAUCGGAGAAGGGCAAUGACAACGAUGUCAAUUUACAUACUAAUGACAUCCAGGCUACAGUAACAUUAGGCCGGUUGUUACUGGGAGUUGGAUUUAGUGACCUCCAGUUGUCAGAUAUUGAAGAGCUACUCGAAUCUCAUAAUUCUGAACUAACAGAAGAAGAGCUAGGAGAUUUAGUAGCUAACAAUAAUCAAGAAUCAAGCGAUAGUGACGAUAAUAAGGAAAACACACUCCCAGCUGAGUUAAGUCUCAAAACUGUUAAUCAAUGUUUAAAGAUGGGAGAAGAAUUAACAGAUUUUUUGAUAGAAAACGAUCUUACUCCGCGUAGCUUAAAGGCACAACGUGAGAUACUUAAUGCCUUGGCACCUUAUAAAAGUUUACAGCAGAGGCUUCAAAAUGAAACAAAGCAAUCAAAAAUCACAGACUUUUUAUCAAAGAAAUAA